AUGGAGCAUCAGGAUCAGGCUGCUCCGGAGAGAGCACAAGAGGAAAGCUUGACCCCCUUGCGCUCCAUGGAUCCGGAGACUUCUCCCAGGAGGAGCCCUCGGCGCCUGAUCUGGCUGCUCUGCUUCUGCGCCCUGAUGGCUCUGGUUGUGGUGGUGGCGGUGACAGUUUUCCUGCUGGUCCGUCCAUCCGAGCCCUUGCAGUGGGGGGGCCCAGGCACCACCGCUCACAUCUCGGAGAUCGCCCUGGGGCGAUGCUACAGCUACACGCAGCUGUUGAGGUCAGAGCUGCGAGAUAAGAACUGCCAGGAGAUAUGGAAAGCAUUCAAAAAGGCAUUUAUUUCCAAGAAUCCUUGCCAUGUCACACAAGAAGAUUACAAACCACUAUUGAAGCUCGCCAAUCAGACUGUGCCCAGCAGCAAGUCGCUGCUCUGGAGCAAAACGAAAGACCUGGCUCAUCAGUACACACGGGUCCAGCAAGAUAUGUUCACCUUGGAGGACACGCUGCUGGGCUACAUGGCUGACGGCCUCACCUGGUGUGGAGACCCUGGCACUUCCGAUAUGAACUAUCAGUCUUGCCCACAAUGGAGGGGAGAGUGCAACAACAGUGCCGUCACCGUGUUCUGGAAGACCAUUUCCAAGAACUUUGCAGAAUCUGCCAGCGGUGAGGUCUAUGUGAUGCUCAAUGGAUCUGCCAAGUCCAACGGGUCUUCCAGCGAAAUCUUUGACAAAAACAGCAUUUUUGGAAGCGUGGAAGUUGUCCACUUGAAUCCAGCAAGAGUCCAUUCACUACAAGCCUGGGUGAUCCAUAACAUUGGAGCAGCUCCCAAGGACUCAUGCUCAGACUCUUCCAUAGGAGAUUUGAGAUUAGCUUUAAGCCAAAGGAAUAUUGCCUUUUCCUGCAAGAAUGAUCACAAGUAA